AUGCGUCACUUGGAAGACUUCCUGCAGGUCAAGCGAAAGAAGCUCGAUAUAGAUGGCCUCUUCAGGCGGCAAAGCAUCGCUGGUGGAGUUUCACUGAAGAAAUAUCUAGAUACCACAUUCGCGCGAGACUACAAGAAGGAGUUCCAUAAGAAGGCAUUUGCCGAUCCUUCUAUCGAGUACAAAUGGUGUGUCAUUACGGUGGAGACGAGGUCUCUUGGCAAGGACCUCACGGUGGAGCAAUACGAACAAGCCGUCAAGGAGCGUGACACCUUUAGAGAUUGGAUACGUACUAUGAUUCUACCACAACCAUCCGAUGGACAUAGUCUGGACAAGAUACUCAUCUUCCCGAGUGGAGAUACGGAACCUAUGUACCGACACGAAUAUCCUAAGUAA